UGGUCAUCCCCGUUCUCCAAAGGUGAUGCGAUCCAGGAGGUCCGUCUUCCAUGGGCACAGCAACCUGUUAAUUCUGAUGAAAUCAUCGUUCUCCCAUUAAUGAAAAAAAAUUUAAAAAUAAUAAUAAUAACAGGGUUUGUGUUGAUUGAAAGUGGUGUUUCUGUGAAAUAGGGGUUUCUUUGUUCAGGUUGAUAGUUUUGUGGUUUUGAAGGUAAAUUCGUGUUGGGUUUUGUGUUUUGGCUGCGAGGGAAUCAAUUAGCUCUUCAUCUUCAAUUCUUUUUGAAUUACGGAUUUGAGUUCUUGUUUUUCCAGCAGUUGUGUUCAGUUUUUGGGAAUUUGAGGCUGCGGGGUUUCGUCAAUUGCAGAACUGGUUGGAUUAGGGUUGGGUUUUGUGGUUUGAUUACAAGGGAGAAGGUUGUAUCUCUCAAUCCUCAGUGGUGCAAGGAAGUGGUGUUUCGUCAAUUGAAGAUUUGGGGGAGUUUACAACCACCAAUUGUUCUUCAGUAAGUGUCUUCUCCUAUCUGUGUAUGUGUUUGUGGUGACAGAUUUCUUUGGAGGUGUUGUUUGUAAUUCGAUUUAUGGUUUUGAAUUUUGUUAUGUGAGUGAUUAGUGUUACAGAACUAGGUGUGUUUGAAUUGGAAUUCACGGUGUUGAGCUGGUUGAAUUUGUUUUUGUGGUUCUACUUCAGUGAAAGCCAGGGUUAAGGUUUUUCAUUUUGAUUGAAUGUUGUGUGUAAUUGAUGUUAAUUUAGUGUUAGGAAUUGUGGUUUUCAUUGUAAGGGAGAAGUUUUAAUCAAUUAGCUCUUAAUCCUCAGUGGUGCACUGGUGUAGGAGCUUUAAAGUUAGGACUUUUCUGUGUAAUUGAAGUUGAAUUUGGGAAGGGUAUUGUGGUUUGAUUGCAAGGGAUAGUUUCAUCAAUAACUCUCAGUCCUCUGCGGUUUUGCAUUCUAACUGGUUUGAGUUUGCAAUGUGGUUGUUUAUCCUUUGGGAAGGUAUAAUUAGUGUUUAGUUAUAUGGUAAUUUGAGUUUUCUUUGGUGUUGAAAACUUAAAUUCCCAUACACUAAACUCUGAUUUUUAUUUUCGGGUAGCCUUUUUCAUUUACUUGUUUUCGGUUAGGGAAGUUACUUUGUUCAUCCUGUGAUAAUGCCGCGUACGAGAUCACAAUCCACAUCAUCAGCUGUACAUACGCCUGUGGUCUCACCUGCAACAUAGUUAUCAACAGUUACCAUCAUGCCCAGAUCCAGAGCACGUUCUUCCUCAAGGGUUUCUUCAUCUCAACCUGUUGCAUCAUCAUCUUCUCUUGCAUUUCCGUCUGGUUCAUCUACAUCACAGUCUCCUUACAACCUUGUACCGAGACCUUCUUCUAAUUGUGGUGACCGGAUUCAUUGACAUUCAAAGAUUAUGAUGAUUGCAGUAGUGGUGUUAAUGGCAGAGGAUACGUCCGCAGUUCUUUUCAGAGACACCUUAAUGACAGGCACUUUCCAACCGAAGAGGCUAAGCAACAAUGCAGAGAACGACUACGCAAUGAUAGGGUUACAUACAUAGCUUGGGAGACGGUUCUACAGCAAUUGCACUGUUGGGUAUGCAGUCACUGCAUGAUUUUACAUGCCUGGAAGAAAACCUGCAAACAAAAUAACAUUGUCAUCCCAUGACCGUAUAAUGGUAGACAUGUUGAUUUUCUUAUAUCAGAUAUUCCCAGGCCUGAAGCAGCAGACUGUGCUCCAACUUCGACAGAUAUGCCUUAUGUAGCUCUCUCCCUGGAAUUACUAAAUGAAGUUUUUCAGCGACAAUUUACUACCAUUUCAAGCAUCCCUCCACCUUGCAACCCCAAAAACUCUUCAGAGGAACGACCAGACAACCGUAAGAAGUUACAAAUUACAGCUAUUCACAAAGCCCUUGUCGACUGGAGAGAACCUAAUGGCUGCCUCACCUUGAUCAGUAGAUUGUUGGAACUCCCCAAACGUCAGCAACCAAGCAAAUUAAAGAGCAAGCAGUUGCAAGAUAGUGCCACUCUAGAUGCAUGCCGGAAGAAGUUAUCCAAUGGACAUUAUACUGCUGCUAUAAGGGUGCUCUCAUCAAAUGGUGUGGCUCCAUGCACUGAAGUUACAAUCUCAGAAUUAUCAGAUAAGCACCCUCCUGCUCCACCGCCAACCAUCCCUGAUGAUCCCAUUCCCUGCGAUGCUAUUAAAGUGGACACUGUGUCAGUACUUAAAGCCAUUAAAAGCUUUCCGAAAGGUACGUCGUGUGGUCGAGACGGGUUGAGGGCUCAACAUCUUUUUGAUGCUAUGAGUGGUGCGGCUAAUACGGUUGCAGAUGAACUACUGGCCUCAAUGACUAAUGUGGUUAACUUAUGGCUGUCUGGUAAGUGUCCAUCUCCACUUGGAAAGUUUAUAGCUAGCGCUCCUCUCACCCCUUUGCAGAAACCAGGAGGUGGUGUUCGACCCAUCACAGUGGGUACCAUUUGGAGGAGAUUAGUAUCUAAGCUGGUUGCCAUCAAAGUUGGGAAAGCUAUGUCCAUGUACCUUGGUGACUACCAGUUUGGCGUGGGUGUACCUUGUGGAGGAGAAAGUAUUCUCCAUUCUGUCAACAGGCUGAUGGAACUGAUCCGACACCUCCAUGCUUCUCAUUGAUUUCACAAAUGCAUUCAAUAUGGUGGACAGGACUACUCUGAUUAAAGAGGGAGUACAGCAGGGCGACCCCUUGGGACCAUUACUUUUUGCCCUUACACUCCACCCUAUUGUGAAGAACAUCUCAACCAACUGCAAACUAGAUCUUCAGGCAUGGUAUUUGGACGACGGCACAGUAACCGGGGAUACAUUAUAGGUUUCCAGGGCUUUGCAUAUCAUUCAAACAGAAGGUGUUGCAAGGGGUCUUCAUCUAAACAUACAUAAAACUGAGGUUUUUUGGCCCACAGUAGACCCAAGAAGCUAUGCACCUGACGUUUUUCCCAGCAAUAUUAGCAGGCCAUCAUCUGGAGUCAAAUUGCUCGGUGUCCCUGUCAGCUUAGACUUACAAUUCUAUAAGGACAUGGUUCUUCAGAGAGUCGAGAAGACAAUUCAGCUUAUGACUGCAAUCAAGAAGCUCAAAGAUCCCCAAUGUGAACUGUUGUUGUUGCGCAAAUGCUCUGGAGUUUCUAAAUUAUACUUUACUAUGCCCACAUCAUGUCCUGCAGCAUUAGAACAAGCUAUAUCUCGCUUCGACACACACCUGUACCAAUACAUGAGGUUGCUAGUUACUGCAGAUGGUGCUGGGUUUGGUCCCUUACUGUUUCGGCUGGAAACUCUUCCUCUUAGAGAUGGUGGGCUUGGAGUUUACACUAUGGAGGACACCUCUAAGUAUUGUUAUCUAGCUUCGCAGUUCCAAACUCAAGAUGUGCAGCGUAUUAUUCUAAACUCCAUCAUGCCGGAAGAACCCAGUCUCGUGUGCCAGCUAGCUUUACAGACUUACACACAGGUAUGUGGACUUGAUUCUUCUACACUUAGAUUUGAUGUUGCUUCCCCCUCCCCACCCCCCUCCCAUGCAUACAAUGCAUUCCUUGGCCGCAACAUAUUUCGACGCAGUUAAGAAACAUUUGCCCACCACCUUUUUCAUGUCUGCACGAGACAAUGUUCUUUAGCAGAGCAACCAGAUGAAAAACGUUCAAGACUACUUGCUUGCACUACCCAUCAGUGGCUUAAACCAAACACUCGGCCCUCGACAGUUUAGGUGUGUGCUUAGCUACCGCCUUGGAAUCCCCCGUUUUGCUGAAGGUAGUCAGUGCACUAAUUGUAAGAGGGAGAUGGAUAUAUAUGGAGACCAUGCAUUACACUGCGCUAGCGAAGUGCGGAUUAAAUUUCGUCACGAUAUUGUACGUGAUGUCUACAUAAAUAUAUGUUUCAAUGAAGGAGUUUCGGCUAGGAAGGAAGCUUCUUUGGGUCUCUACUCCAACGAUAAUACUAAAUUGUUGUCUGCUGACUUGCUAGUGUAUAAUUGGGAGAAUGGUAAGGAUACUUGCCUAGAUAUUACUGGUGUCUCGCCUUUCACGUGUGACAUCCAUUACUUCACACCCGGCCAAGCAAUUGCUAAAGCAGUCCUUCGCAAGGGUAACAAGUACCUUGCCACAUGCGAGAUUCAUAGGUACAGUUUGGGCAUUCUUGCAUUCACUACUUUGGGAGAACUAAGCGAAGAUACUAUCACCUUCUUGAAGAGAUUGAAGAACUGUCUUGCUAACAACAAUAUAAUUUGUGACACCGGUAGCUUUUUGUUUCAUAGAAUAGGUAUUGCAAUUCAAAAGGACGUUGGUGCCCAGUUGGUGUCUAGACUAACAACAAAUUAUGUAUGAUUGACUCUUUCUUUUUAUAAUAUGAAUAAUAAUAAUAAUAAAUAAUAAUAAUAAUAAUAACAGGCGAGGAG